AUGCCUCUCUUUGGUCGCUUUUGGCCCAAAAAAAAAGACGACGAAUCCUCGGGCGAAGAAUGCGAAGACAAAUCGGCAGAUGAUUUGUCGUACGUCGGAGAGGCCGUCUACAAUGUCCUACGACGCCAUCACAACCAUCAUCAUCACGAACUGUGGAAUGUGACCAAGGGCAAAAUUGUCGGUGACCUUCAAUUCACUCCUCGCGAUGCGUUUACGCGCAUGGAUCGCACGGACCCCGUGGAUGGCCAUGACGAUUGGUUUCCCAAAGCGGCCCUCUCGGUCAUGCGCAAAACCCAAGUCUGGUGUGAUGUUCUAUCGUUGGCGCCACCCGAUGGCAAAUUCAUGGUCGAAUUCAAAGAUGCCCUGCGAGAAAUUUGUGAAAAUCAAACCUUUGAAACGUCACUCAUGAGUGGCCACAAUCGCAUUACCGUCCGCAUGAUGUUUGGCAAUAUCGUGGGAAUGCCCGUCAAUUGCAACCGCAUCAUUAAGGAAUUGACCAAAGAUUUGCCGCCCGAUGCCAAGCACAAACUCAAAUUGUGGGUCGGAUCGUGGCGCAAGGAUGUCUCGUGGAAUCAUGCCAAAAUUAUUGCCGUUGAUGGCAAAUACCUCUGGACGGGAGGACACAAUUUCUGGGAUCCACACUAUUUACAAGAAAAACCCGUCAAUGACCUCAGUCUCGAAAUGGAAGGAGGUGUCGCACGAGAUGCCCAUCGAUUCGCCAAUGCCCAAUGGGGAUAUGUGGUCAAAAAACAGUCCACGGCAUGGGGUCGUUUUGUCGACAAGAAUGUCGGUGAUUAUAUGGAAGUGCCUCGUCGCGCCCGUGUCACCGUCAGUGACUUCCCCGAAACCAACGCCGCCGAGUUUCCACCGUAUUACAAGGAACGGAAACAAAUCAUGAGACGAUCUGUCGACAAUAGAAUGAGAGAUCCCGAUUAUGUACCCUGUAUUACCAUGGGACGGUAUGGUGCCUUGCUCAAAAAGGCAAGGCCAUCGGAUGAUGGCAUUGAAGCCAUGCUCAAAGCGGCAAAAGUAGUCAUUCGCAUGGCCAUUCAAGAUUUGGGACCCGUUCCAUUGCCGGGAACCAAACAGGCAUUGCCGGGUCUUUCCUGGCCACAUGUCUACUUGAAAGCAUUGGCUUUGGCGAUUUGGGAACGUGCGGUUGAUGUUGAAAUUGUAUUGAGCAAUCCAGGAUCCAUUCCCGGUAAUCUCAGUCCGACCGAAGCGUGUUAUGGCAAUGGAUGGUCGUGUGUCGAUGUGGCUGCCGAAAUCAUCAAGACGAUCAGGAAAAUGUAUCCCUCCGCGUCGGAUUCCGAAUUACGAGUCAAAGUACAAGACAAUCUUCGAGUGUGCUUUCUACGAUCGCCCGAGGGAGGACGGCAUUACAAGGAUGGACAAACCCUGGGAUUGCAUUCCAAGCACUUUAUUGUGGAUGACAUUUGCUGUUACAUUGGAUCUCAGAAUCUCUACAUUUGUGAUUUGGCCGAAUGGGGCGUCGUCAUUGACGAUCGAGAAAAGACACAAUUCGUCAAGGGACAGUACUGGGAUCCCAUGUGGAAGACAUCCUAUAAGGUGGAUGACUGCGAGGUCGACAAGGUCAUGGAUGGACUCGAAAUCAGUCGAGAAGCCGACAAUCAGUACGAGCUCACCGUAUUGCAGUACGAACAGGCCAAGCAAAAGCUUCACGCUACGGCCACCGCCAACAUAGAUGCAUUCAACAAAAAGAUUGGCAAGGACGACAGGGACGGUCCUGAUUCAUCAGAGAGUGAUGGAGAAGAGUAGUGCCUUUGGUCGGAACAAGAUCUUGCACAGUGUUUUUUUGCCACAGGUGACGGGGGUGCCGUUUUUGUUCUGUGUUUUACGUAAGGAAGAAUGUGUUUCUGUUUAGUUUUAUUGUGUUUAGAUAGAUAGAUUAGCAGUCCUAGCUUCCAGUACAUUGCCUUU